CGUCUCUCAUAGCCACUCCCCCAACAGAAAGCUUCUUGCCGCUGAAGCUUGGUCGCCAUGUCGGACGAGUCGAAGCCCAAAGGCUUCCCGGACAUAUCGGCCAAACUGUCUGCAAUCCCCAAGAAAUCCCUCUUCGAACGUCAGAAAGCCGAAGCCGAAGCCAAACGUGCCCGAGAGCAAGCCGAGACCGCCGCGGUUUAUGAGGACUUUGUCAAGUCAUUUGAAGAUGACUCUCACGGCCCCGAUCGGCAUUCUGGUGAUGGAAGACUGAGCAGGUUCCCGCCCAAGAACCCGGGUUUUGGAGGAGGCCCUGGAAAGCGGCAUUUUACAAGCUCUAACCCGCGCAUGAGCGGCCCUGGUACUCUGGGCCCUCCCCCCCAAUCUAUUUCUCGAAAACGCACACACGAAGGUCUCCAGCCACUUCACCGAAAUCGGGAUACGGCACAAGGCAUACUGGGUUUUGACAACACCGCGCCCAGUUCGGCUGCCGCGGUGUCGGCUUUCCGUGCUUCAGACGAUGACGAUGAAGGCGCUGGUGAUGCGAAAGAGGCUGAAAGAGCUGCUGCUAAACCUACAUUAUACCUAGCAUCCCUACCGCCGGGAACUUCACCCUCAGUGCUUAAGUCUCUGAUACCCUCCGUGCUCACUGUCGACAAUGUCAAGAUCCUGCGCCCUCUAGGCCAGCCUAUAACCGACCGGAAAUCAGUAGCCGCCAUUGUGACCCUCGCAAACGAAUCCGCGGCCUCGGAUAUUGACAGCACUGUUAGCGCUCUUCAGAACAGAUACCUAGGAUGGGGAUAUUAUUUGACAAUCUCGAGACACCUUUCCUCCGCCGCUAUUGGUUCGACGAUACCAGUCACUGUCGGCCUGUCUUCGACAUGCUCUCUCCCCUUUGGCGCCAAGUCGAUAGCGCCGGAUAUCCCAGGAAGAUUGAAUCGCGCUCCGCCACCAGGUUUGCAUCGUGGAGGAUUUGCGCCACCAUCGUCGUAUGGGCCAGCACACGGGAGGGGUCCUUCCACGCAGGUCGAGGUGAAAGCACCGUCAGACUUGAAACAGCUGAAGCUGAUCCACAAGACAAUGGAGAAUCUAUUGAAUUAUGGACCGGAGUUUGAGGCACUACUAAUGAGCAGACCGGAGGUUCAAAGGGAAGAAAAAUGGGCAUGGCUAUGGAAUGCAAGAAGUGCUGGUGGGGUAUACUACAGGUGGAAAAUAUGGGAGAUUCUCACGAACAACCGCCCAGUCGCAAACCGACGAGGCAGGCCUCAGCCUUCAUCAACUAUUUUCGAGGGUGGUGCAAGCUGGGCUCCACCGGAGGCGCAUAUAAAGUUCGAAUAUACAACCCGCAUGGACGAGUUUGUGACGGAUGAUGACUACGACUCUUCCGAUGAAGAAAUGUCUGAUUAUGAGGAGGAAAGACGAAACCUUGGUGGUGCACCACCAGCAGAGGGGUCUGGCGCAAGCAAUGAAGGCUUAGGGUAUAUGAAUCCAUUGCAAAAGGCCAAGCUAACCCAUUUACUUGCUCGACUUCCGACUACGCAUGCCAAGUUGCGGAAAGGCGAUGUUGCACGAGUUACUGCUUUUGCCAUCGAGCACGCUGGUGCAGGAGCCGACGAAGUUGUGGAAAUGAUUGUCUCAAACAUCAUCAACCCAUUCGCCUACACUGGGGCUAAUCCUGAUCGUGAAGCAGAAAAAGGUCUUACUCGACGAGAACAAGCAGGAGACCUGGCCAAUGAUAACCCGGCCGAUGAAGGGCGGUUGUCUACAAAAGAGACUCUGGAUCUAUCUUCUGCCAAGUUGGUUGGUCUCUACCUUGUAUCCGAUAUCCUUUCCUCUUCUGCCACGAGUGGCGUGCGUCAUGCGUGGCGUUACCGGCAGCUUUUUGAGUCUUCCUUGAAAACACACCAGGUAUUCGAGCAUCUUGGGAGACUCGAGAAAGACCUGCAGUGGGGACGGCUGAGGGCUGAAAAGUGGAAACGCAGCGUUGGCUCUCUUCUGCACUUGUGGGAAGGCUGGUGUGUGUUCCCGCAAUCAAGCCAAGAACACUUCUUCCAGAUUUUUGACAAACCACCACUCACGGAAGCGGAACUGCGGGAGGAAAGAGAGAAGGCUGAGGCCGAACGGGCUGCGAGUGCAUUUUCCAAGAACAAGAGCCGCUGGAAGACAGUUGACGAAGAUACUUCCGGCAAGUUUGAUCCCGGACGAGCUCCGGACAUUGAUCCUCAACGGAUGGAUGUUGACCAGGAGAAUGUUGCGCCGGCAGGGACCGAGGACUUCGAUGGAGAGUCCAUGAGCGAUAUUGAUGGGGAGCCAAUGGAGGACAGUGACCUGGAAGGGCCGGAUGAGGACCCAUUGGAAGAGGAAAUCCUCGAGGACGAUAGUGGCCUGAAGGAGCAGCCCGAGAAACCAGCCGAGCCCUCAGCCCAACCAGAACCCCAACCAGAACCCCAACCACCAGCCCGCAAGCCCCGGCCUAGAGCAGAAGACAUGUUUGCAGACUCGGACUCGGAAUGAGAACACUGUUCAGAUAUGGAUGAUGAAGUCGAAUGAUCUUGUCUAUAUUAUUUGGUGAUUAUGCUUGGGUGCAAUCCCUUUCC